AUGGACGGAUCCACCGUCAACCGACUCGUCAUCCUCUUCCUCCUCGUACUUGUCCUCGCCACCAGCAACAGCGAGCAUGGACACGCAGGAGCCGUUGAUGCGGGCAACGUCGUCGUCGUCCGGGUCCGGCUAAUCGGCCGCGGCCCGGAUGACAAGACCACCGUCGCUGUGCAGAGACACGACCUCUCCUUCGCCGGCUUCACCGACGGCAGCGGCCAUUGGCACGCCUUUCCUGGCCUUGAGCAUCUCUUCCCCACGUCCACGACGCUCCCGUUCGGCAGCAGCUACAGCGACCUCAUCGGCGGCCUCGCGAACCUGCCGGGCGUGCCGCUAGGGCGGGAGGCCAUGCUGGAGGCCAUCCGCGUGCUCUCCGCCUACCGCCCGGGGGCCGACGUGGAGCCGGUCAAGCGGGCCCUGGCGGCGAUGAAGGUUGUGAUGUGCGAGGCCCAGCGGGUGAGGCCCAUCAAAGAGACCCUCAACGACGGAUGGGACACCGGUGCCCGCGUCGCCCCCGAGCACCUGCCCUACAUCGAGCACUGGGACACCAUGUCCUACGAGAUCCUCCGCUCCAACCUUACGGGCAAGUGGGACGGGCCCUUCACCAAGAUGCUGGAGACGGAAGCCAACAUUCGCAGCAAGGAGGAGGCGCUCGCCGUCGUCGGGGUGCUCCGGAGCGUCGACUUCGAGCAAGUGAUUGAGGCUCACGCUUCCCCGAUCUAA